GAUGGCAGUGUGGGCCCUGAGUUGGUGGGUGGAUUGUGUUAGUCUGUUUGGUCUGUCGGGCAGGCUUUGCAAGCACUUGGGACAGCAUUGUGCAUCUCCUGCCGCGUUGCUGAGGGGCGUCAGGGGGUCCAGUUCCUGAAAUGCUGACCCAUCAGCAUAGGCUUUUGGUUUUCAGAUAGCCUACUCAAGUGUGUGAUUUUUGCUGUGAGUGAUGUUAUUUCAUGGAAUUGAUUUUUCUGUUUUGGUGUGUAAUCUGUGAUGCUCCUAGAUUUUUCUUCCUAUGUGAAAGAAAAGUUUAAUGCCAGCUGAAAAAGAUGAGUUACUUGCUUGGUCAUAGUGUCCUCUCAAUAUUCAAAGCUGAAGCAAAAGCCUGGGGAUUGUUGCUUCUAGAAACACCCCAGUUCUCUUGUCUGCACUCUCUGCAUGGUGUUGAGCUAAAAACCAGAUUAAAAAAAAAAAAACCACAGCUGGUGCUUGUCCUGCUGCCUGUCUACUUUGUUGUUUUUUGCCCCUCCCCUUUCCCAGGUGAUUGGGUUUGGGUGGUGGGCGGGGCCAAAUGGUAUAUGAGCCCCAGGCAAGGCAUGAGGGAGCUCAUUGUGCCUGGGCUGCUCUUAGGGGUAAGUGCUUUGUUUUUCCUUCUGUCAGUUGCAGGGUUCUUUAGGUGGGUUGGAGUCUAUGGACUGAUGCGUACCGGUCUCUACUUGGAAACACACACCUUUUCGAGGUAGGGGCUAGGAGGGUCUUUUAGAGGAGAGCAAUCUGUGUAGUAGGAGUAGGUGCCUUUAUUGCGUGCAGCUCUUCUUCAGGGGAUGAAAUUGUUCGAGCAUGUUUAGGGCUAGGAUGGUAAUGUUAGCUUGUGUGUUGUAGGUCCCUGAGGAUUUUCACAGAUUGAUGGGGCUUGUUGUGAGUCUUGGCCUGUAUGUCAACUAUUAUCCAAGUUCCAAGUGUGGUGGUGAAGUGAUGGAGCAGGGUUUAGGAGAACUGGAUCCUGGAAGCUCCCUGUGCAAGCAUGUAUCUGAAAAGAGCAGCAGUAGGCAGGCCAGGUCAUGGGCAUGGACUAAGCUGGAAACUGGAAAGAGACACGAGGGUGCAUCAAACCACUCGUGUAACUCUCCAGAGGACUAAAAAGAGCUUGAUUACACACUGCAAGAGGCUUGACCACAGGUGCAGUAUUACCAAGAGACUGAGCAGGGUCAUAUCAUUUUUCAUCUGUAAAGGGUAGGUCUGUGAUUACCCCUGCUGGGGCUGCUGUGUGUGCAUGGCUUUUUGGUGUUUGUGGAGCUCAGUUGUUUUUUUUGUGUGUAUGUUCCUACUUUUUUUUGAAGGGCAAAUAGUGUGUGUGCUGAGUGUGGUUGGCAAGAGGAGGUGGGGAGCUGUUCAGGACUGGUAGGUUUGGUUUCUAGGAGCGUGCGGCAUCCUUCCUGAAGUGCGAUGUGACUGAUUGUUGGGCGGGAAUGUUCCAGCUCGUGUGUCUUAAUGUAGCUUGUGUAGUGUGUUUUGUGUGGCCUGGGCAGAGUUUGGUGCGGAGCUGUGAGUGAAGAAUCUGUUAGAGCUGGUGAGCAGCUGAAGUAAAGGAGCUGGUAAGAGAGGUAUUGCAGCAGGUACGCUGUGGUUGUGAGGUGCCUCAGUAUGGGUGACCUGUUUGGUGAGAAACUGGAGCUGAUUGAUACGGCGGUGCACUAAGGGUUGAGAAGAAGGUUACUCAGAGGCAUAGAUGGUAACCAGGCUAGAAGAAGAGAAAGUGGGAACCAAUAAGGAGGAGUUGUUAGGCUCGGACGGGCCUAUAGCAGGCUCUGUGUGAUCAAAAGGAAUGCACCAAUCAGAAGUCUGUAACUGUUUGCCAGCCAUGUGCAGUGUGUGUAGGGGCUCAGAAAAACUAUAUAAGAUCUGGCAUUGGGACAAGAAAGGGUCUCCAUUUCUUGACUGUCUUGGAGUCUGUGUCGUCAUUCCCUUCACCUCAGGGUGUGCUUUUCUCUUUUCUCUGCGGGUGCCUAGUGCAGUCUUGGACAGGGAAAUCCCCAUGUCACGGAGCAGUGAGGGAAGGUGAGAGUGUUGUCAGCGAGGUCAUCCCUUAUCGGAAGCAAAGGGAAAGACGUUCAGGUGCUUCCCUCUGAGGGUCUGAGGUGAGGCUGUUUGGGCCAGAGGAGUGGUGUGGCAGGUGGUUGCUUGCAAGCACAGUGGUCAUUUUGUCCUUUUGUGUUGCCAGGUGGCAUGGGUGAUGCUGUCUACUCCUUUUGAGCUUGGAUCUAAUUUCCAGGUACAGAGGCAAGUGGACUGCUGUUUUAAAAGGAUAAAAUGAAAUAUGGAGUCACUUCUGUUGUUGAGGGAUGGGUGCUAAUGCUGGCAGCUGAAUGUUUAUCUUCUGUGUUUUUCUUUGUUCAGGCGGAAACGCAGUGUGCGAUACGGAAUGUCAUGACCCGAGCUGCCUCUGGAGUGACUCUGGUGGGCGAUGAAGAGAUGCAGCAGUUGCUUUUGGGGUGCGGUUGUCACUGCAGUUACUUUACUACAUCAAAUAGAGUAAAAUUCCAGUUUGCCUUUUCGAGGUGCUGUAAGUGGCUAAAGAGACCAGAUGGAAGCAUCUGCUCUGUGGGGUGCAUCAAACCACUCGUGUAACUCUCCAGAGGACUAAAAAGAGCUUGAUUACACACUGCAAGAGGCUUGACCACAGGUGCAGUAUUACCAAGAGACUGAGCAGGGUCAUAUCAUUUUUCAUCUGUAAAGGGUAGGUCUGUGAUUACCCCUGCUGGGGCUGCUGUGUGUGCAUGGCUUUUUGGUGUUUGUGGAGCUCAGUUGUUUUUUUUGUGUGUAUGUUCCUACUUUUUUUUGAAGGGCAAAUAGUGUGUGUGCUGAGUGUGGUUGGCAAGAGGAGGUGGGGAGCUGUUCAGGACUGGUAGGUUUGGUUUCUAGGAGCGUGCGGCAUCCUUCCUGAAGUGCGAUGUGACUGAUUGUUGGGCGGGAAUGUUCCAGCUCGUGUGUCUUAAUGUAGCUUGUGUAGUGUGUUUUGUGUGGCCUGGGCAGAGUUUGGUGCGGAGCUGUGAGUGAAGAAUCUGUUAGAGCUGGUGAGCAGCUGAAGUAAAGGAGCUGGUAAGAGAGGUAUUGCAGCAGGUACGCUGUGGUUGUGAGGUGCCUCAGUAUGGGUGACCUGUUUGGUGAGAAACUGGAGCUGAUUGAUACGGCGGUGCACUAAGGGUUGAGAAGAAGGUUACUCAGAGGCAUAGAGUGGUAACCAGGCUAGAAGAAGAGAAAGUGGGAACCAAUAAGGAGGAGUUGUUAGGCUCGGACGGCCUAUAGAGGGCUAUGCGUGAUCAAAAGGAAUGCACCAAUCAGAAGUCUGUAACUGUUUGCCAGCCAUGUGCAGCGUGUGUAGGGGCCCAGAAAAACUAUAUAAGAUCUGGCAUUGGAACAAUAAAGUUUCUCCAUUUCUCGACUAUCUUGGAGUCUGUGUUGUCAUUCCCUUCAAAUAGUGACCCCAACGUGAUAAGGGGUAGAGCAGUGCUGUAUGAGCGUCCGGAGGGAACCCAGCCGAAUGAAUCAAGCUUGCAGCUGGACUGCAGCUUCAACUGUGGGACAUCACCUGAAGGACAGGCGGAAACGCAGUGUGCGAUACGGAAUGUCAUGACCCGAGCUGCCUCUGGAGUGACUCUGGUGGGCGAUGAAGAGAUGCAGCAGUUGCUUUUGGGGUGCGGUUGUCACUGCAGUUACUUUACUACAUCAAAUAGAGUAAAAUUCCAGUUUGCCUUUUCGAGGUGCUGUAAGUGGCUAAAGAGACCAGAUGGAAGCAUCUGCUCUGUGGGGUAGGUAAGCUGCUGAGGUAAAGGAGGGGAUGAGAGUAACUGACCUACGGGUGCUGUGGCUUUUGCUGCUGUGGUUGCUUUCUCUUCUGUUUAUCAGGUGCCACAGGCAAGGUGGACUGUGAUAGUCUUUAGAAUCGGAGCAAAGCAGGUCACUUGAAUGCUGCCUGGUUCCUGAGAAAGGGGUUGUAGAGGAGAGAAGCUUUCAAUAUUGAAAGCUGAAGCAAAAGCCUGGGGAUUGUUGCUUCUAGAAACACCCCAGUUCUCUUGUCUGCCCUCUGCAUGGUGUUGAGCUGAAAACCAGAUGAAAAAAAAAUAGAAAAACACAGCUGGUGCUUGUCCUGCUGCCUGUCUACUUUGUUGUUUUUUGCCCCUCCCCUUUCCCAGGUGAUUGGGUUUGGGUGGUGGGCGGGGCCAAAUGGUAUAUGAGCCCCAGGCAAGGCAUGAGGGAGCUCAUUGUGCCUGGGCUGCUCUUAGGGGUAAGUGCUUUGUUUUUCCUUCUGUCAGUUGCAGGGUUCUUUAGGUGGGUUGGAGUCUAUGGACUGAUGCGUACCGGUCUCUACUUGGAAAUGCACACCUUUUUGAGGUCCCUGAGGAUUUUCACAGAUUGAUGGGGCUUGUUGUGAGUCUUGGCCUGUAUGUCAACUAUUAUCCAAGUUCCAAGUGUGGUGGUGAAGUGAUGGAGCAGGGUUUAGGAGAACUGGAUCCUGGAAGCUCCCUGUGCAAGCAUGUAUCUGAAAAGAGCAGCAGUAGGCAGGCCAGGUCAUGGGCAUGGACUAAGCUGGAAACUGGAAAGAGACACGAGGGUCCCUGAGGAUUUUCACAGAUUGAUGGGGCUUGUUGUGAGUCUUGGCCUGUAUGUCAACUAUUAUCCAAGUUCCAAGUGUGGUGGUGAAGUGAUGGAGCAGGGUUUAGGAGAACUGGAUCCUGGAAGCUCCCUGUGCAAGCAUGUAUCUGAAAAGAGCAGCAGUAGGCAGGCCAGGUCAUGGGCAUGGACUAAGCUGGAAACUGGAAAGAGACACGAGGUUGCAGGGUUCUUUAGGUGGGUUGGAGUCUAUGGACUGAUGCGUACCGGUCUCUACUUGGAAACACACACCUUUUCGAGAUUGAUGGGGCUUGUUGUGAGUCUUGGCCUGUAUGUCAACUAUUAUCCAAGUUCCAAGUGUGGUGGUGAAGUGAUGGAGCAGGGUUUAGGAGAACUGGAUCCUGGAAGCUCCCUGUGCAAGCAUGUAUCUGAAAAGAGCAGCAGUAGGCAGGCCAGGUCAUGGGCAUGGACUAAGCUGGAAACUGGAAAGAGACACGAGGUUGCAGGGUUCUUUAGGUGGGUUGGAGUCUAUGGACUGAUGCGUACCGGUCUCUACUUGGAAACACACACCUUUUCGAGGUCCCUGAGGAUUUUCACAGAUUGAUGGGGCUUGUUGUGAGUCUUGGCCUGUAUGUCAACUAUUAUCCAAGUUCCAAGUGUGGUGGUGAAGUGAUGGAGCAGGGUUUAGGAGAACUGGAUCCUGGAAGCUCCCUGUGCAAGCAUGUAUCUGAAAAGAGCAGCA